AUGCCAAAUUCACCAUAUGAAAAUGAUGUUUCUAAUGAUUCGAAUACUUUACAAUCCUCUUCAGAUUCACGUAAUACCAAUAGAGUUAUGUCUUCUUCACAAAGAAACAGUAGAAUAGAGAACACUGCUCACAGAUCAAGUGUUAACUCCAGAAGAGUGGGAUCACUAUCUGAUCUAGUAAUAGAUGAACAUUCCAGGAGUAGGUACAGGGAAAAUGGUUCCAUGAGUGAUGGUAGAACUCGAAGCAGUAGCCGAACUACCAGCGGUAAUCCCUACUCUCGCACUAAUUCAAGGUCUCAAUCGCCUUCAAAUGACGGUUCUUCCCUUCCUAGCCAACCCAAUGGUUCGAAUGAUAAUUCUACUUCUGUACCCAAUAACUCAAGGAUAAAUAAGAAUAAAAGACGUUUUUUACAACGCUGGGAUGAUUCUAACACAAAUUCAAUAUCAAAUGAAUCCAACGAAGAUAGCGUGGAAUCCAUGCCAUAUGUAUACCAACAGAGUGAAUUUCUGAGGAUAUGCCAAGAUAUAAUAAGGAAGUGUGAUUCAGAAGAUGUGUUGGUUAAUUUUCUUGAAACUAUAGAUAAGGGAGAAUGUUUUGAUUUAUCAUUGGUUAGGGAUCAGCAAUUGAAAAAGAAGCUCAGACACUUAUCUAAAGCACUCUAUUUAGAACGUUUAGAUUCAAAAUAUAAAAGACCUCCAGAAUGUACUAUAUCUCUCCUCACAAUAUAUAAUGAACUGUUACCAUUUAUAAGGUCAAAAGUUAGUAAACAAGGUGAAUAUACUAAACCUAAACAGAUUGAAGAACCAACUAAGGAAUCAUCAAAACCAGGUCCAGAAUCAAGAUUAACAGUGGAGGAGGCAUCCGAAUUGUUAAGCCUUAGAGAAAUGCACGAACAGGGUUUCUUUGUGGAUUACGAAAACAUAGAAAAGGAGUUUACCAAACGUCAUAAACAAGUUGACCUUUGGGGGAAAACUCCAGCUGAACAAAAGGCCCUACUUGAGUCCCAAUCAGAUGAGAAGGAUGAAACGCCCUGGAACCACUUUGAUCGAGAUCGCGAUUUUCUGAGUUCAAACACUGUUAAGUUAGGUAAAGUUGGAGAAAGGACUAAAUUUCUUGAUUCCACUCGAGAUUAUAAGGAAUCUUUCAAGCCUGUAGCUAAAACCUCAUCAUUCAUAUAA